AUGUGCCAAAGACACGCCGGCACGUCUUUGGACCCCAGAGGGUUAAACUCUGAAACUGCACUUGGCUCCUCACUUGCCUUUGUCCCGCCAAGACAGAACGACCAACCACAAUUGGAUCCAGCAGAAAUCUUGUCAGAGGAUUCCCCAGUCGAGGAAUAUGCUGAGGUAUUCGUGGACCUGUGUAACCAGGUCAAUUUUGGAGAGAAGGCUCUCAAGGACAUCUUCAGGUAUGGACUAGAGAAAAACCUGCGCUACUCAAUGCAGAAUAGCCGAGAGAUUGGAUCUUUGUCGGAUUUCGUCAACUUGGCGUUGCUCCUGGGCGGGUCCUCGGUAACCAUGGGCAGUGGAGAGACAGAAGCCGGCCUUAAAUAUUUUUUUUUGGGGGGGGGGGGCAGCAAGCAUCGAGGUCCGUGGGCUUCGGGGCCAAACCAGCCACGGACGCCCAAAUGCCCUACAGUGCCUCCGUCCAGCCCAGUCCCGUGCACACCUGUGAUCGAGCCGGUUCACAUGGCUACCAUACCAGCAAGCUCGGCUGAGGCCCGUGCCCCGAUGAGGUCGGUUCGGGUGGCCGGCAUCCCUAAGCCGUCGGCCUCACCAGCCGCACCGACCUGGUCAUCGGAACCAGAUGAGCCGACCGGGUCGUUGGAACCAACCGAACCAGCCAGGUCGACGGAACCAGCCGAACCAGCCGGUUCAACGGAACCAACCGGGCCAAAUGGGUCGCCGGAACCAAGUGAACCAGCCAAGUCGCCGGAACCAAGUGAACCAGCCGGGUCACCGGAACCAAGCGAACCAAACGAACCGGCCGGAUCAACGGAAACAGAUGGGCCAACCGGGUCUACGGAACCAGCCAAACCGACAGGGUCGACGGAACCAGCCAAACCGACCAGGUUGACGGAACCAGAUGGGCCAACCGGGUCGACGGAACCAGCCGAGCCGGCCGGGUCUUCAGAACCAGAUGGGCCAACCGGGUCGAUGGAACCAGCCGAACCGACCGGGUCGAUGGAACCAGCCGAACCGACCGGGUCGAUGGAACCAGCCGAACCGACCGGGUCGACUGAAAUGACGGAGUCGGAUAACGCAGUCGACAUGGAUAUACCCAAGCUCCCUGAACUCUCUGCCUGGCCUGAACCAACCAAUUUUCCUGUUUUAUCUGUCCUGUGUUUCGUUCCAUUGGAUUUGCCAGCCCCUCUACCUCCUGUCCCUGUUUACAGGCUCAGAGCACCCCCAGCACCACCAUGGGUUGCAAUCACGGCCAGCUCACUGAGCGCAUCGGCAGCCCUGCCCUGGUCUCCAGCCCUGCUCUGGUCUCUGGCUCCGCCUGCGGCACCGCCCUGGUCUCCGGCCUUGCUCUGGUCUCUGGCUCCGCCUCCAGCACCACCCUGGUCUCCGGCCUUGCUCUGGUUUCUGGCCCCGCCUCCAGCACCACCCUGGCUGCCAAUUCGGCUUUGGUCCCUGGCUCGACCCGUGGUACCACCCUGGCUCCAAGUCCUGCCCUGGUAUCUGACUCUGCCUGCGGCGCCGCCCCGGCCACCUGCCCUUCCGGCUCCGCCAUGGCCACCUGCCCUACUGGCUCCACCCUGGCCUCCUGCUCUGCCUGAUUGUUCAUCUGUUUCUUGUUUUGGAUUAUUAAACUCUGAAACUGCAAUUCGAUCCUCACUCGCCUUUGUCCCGCUGUGACAUAUAGAGUUUUAAUGUCACUAAAUACAAAUGUUCUGUGCUGUGUGGCAUUUGCUCAGUGUUUCAAAUGAUCUGUAACUAAGUUCCAGUUCUGAUCACAUUUCCAUUCUUCUUCUUCUUGACCUGAGUGCAGCUUUUGAUUCUGUAGACCAGGAUAUUCUGCUACACAGACUUGAACACUGGGUAGGUCUCUCAGGACCAGAACUAAACUGGUUCACAUCAUACUUGUGUGCUAGACAGUUUUAUGUUCAAUUGUGAAGUCAAUCAUCAAGACAACAUGAAAUUUCAUUUGGAGUAAAGAAGAUACAGAAAAACUUUUUCUACAUUCAAUCAUUCCAAGUAGAUUAGAUUAAUGUAAUGCUCUUUUAUGUAUUUCACAAAAAAAAACCCUUUAUACAUUACAGUUAGUAACCAAAUCACUCCUAUUGUAC